GCAACAGGGGGCAGCCACCACGGUGUACUGUGCGGUAGCUCCUGAGCUGGAGGGUCUAGGAGGGAUGUACUUCAACAACUGUUUCCGCUGCCUCCCCUCCCCCCAGGCUGAGGACCAGGUCACUGCAGCCAGCCUGUGGGAGCUAAGUGAGCGCCUGGUCUCAGAGAGGCCUACGGGCCUACAGGCCCUCUGAUUGACACGCCCACACUGACUGUCAACAGCGUAUCAGGACUGGGGGAGAGAGGAGGGACUAGCCAAUCAGGAAUGGAGGGAGAGGGAGGAAGUGUGGAUGAAAAUGAAAAUGUGUACAUUGAGUGGACUGUAGAAAGCUUCAAACCAUUGAACUGAAACUUUCACUUCACUAAGGGGAGUAAAAUACACGUACAAAUACACCAGGGUUAUUGUCUGCCUCUUUGUGGCAGGGAGAGUUCACCAGUUCCUUAUUCCAGCCAAAGUUGAUCUGUGUUUCUCACUCCAGUGUGUUACCAGCUGCAACAGACACUGUGUGUAUCUUCUCUCUGUAUCCAGUUUCCUCCUGUAUAUAUAUAUUUUAUAUGUCUGAGUAUGGAGAUAUGGUGAGUAUCAUUGUGCUAGUGUAGGGGGGUUGAAGGGGGAUAGGAUAAAUAAGGAGGUAUAAUUGAAUGGCUAUGUACAUAUUAGAGCUAUGGUGUCAUGACUAUAUACAGAUGUAGUAGCUGUAUUCCAUAUGAGGCCCUGUUCAGUUCUACUGCCCUUUUAUUUACAGGAACAGCAUUGGGCCUAUGUGCUAACGGGAACUCACGCGUCAUCACUUCUCCCCUCUACAGUGUCUGUCUACAGUUAGACCUCCAACCUACAUAUUAUAACUUAUAAUACUCUACAAAAUGCUAUUUACAUUGUGGUACUGUAUCUCUGUCACAAUGUUCAGUCACAAUUAUGUCUGUAGCUACUGGUGAUAGAGAGAAUCCAGGAGUUUUAGUAGUUGAUCAAACAGGAACUCAGUAUUUUCCUUGGAUGUUUAGUUUUGUUAUUUGUUUCGGCGGAUAAUCUGGUCAUGAAAGUGUGCGGUGUUGGGUGACGGGUCCAUCUGUACAGGGACUGUUGCUUGGUUUCUGGGUGGUUUGGAGAUGUGUGGACGUUGUGCUUUGUGGCUGUCUGGUGCCGCGGAAUGAUGUUAAGAUAUCAGCAUUCCUCUGUCAUGGUUUCUGUAAAGAAAAAGAAGAGGACACAUUAAAGACUGUUUCUUACA